AUGGUGCCAGGACCUUCCAAGUUCUCCAGACCAGCCAUUGUGCUUGCUCUGGAGAACGUGUCGACCGAGCAGAUCCAGGAGGUGGAGGAGGACUUGGACCUGCUGUACGACAGCCUGGAGCUGUACAACCCCAGCGACAGUGGGCCCGAGAUGGAGGAGACCGAGAGCGUCCUCAGCACCCCCAAACCCAAGCUCAAGCCUUUCUUCGAGGGGAUGUCUCAGUCGAGCUCCCAGACUGAGUUCGGGAGCCUGAACAGUAAAGGGAGUCUGAGCAAGGAGCUGGCCAGCCCGCUGGAGGCGACGUCGAGCGAGAAAAUCCGGACGUCUCGCUCCAAGGUCUCGGAGGACGUGGGAUCGGAAUCCGAUAUCCCGGAAUUGGUGGAGCAGGAGUCGCUCGGGGAACUCAAUCCCCCGGCAUCGAACCCCGAGAAAACCAAACCACUGACCAAGAGCAGCAAGUCCGACACUCAGAUCUUUGCUUCACCCAGUAAAGUUGAGGCUGCCCACACUCCGAAGCACAGGAGGACUCCAUUGAAGGACCGGCAGGUGUCUCGGGCACAGAACGAGAGGGCCAACAGCUCUGACAGCGAGAGGUCGCCGGAGCUCAGCAUCCAGGUUCCCCGUAAGGUGGUGUAUGACCAGCUGAACCAGAUCCUCUUGGCUUCGGAGAGCAGCGUUCCCGAGACGGUGAUCAUGGUCUGCACUGUGGACUGGCAGGGACAGUACGUGUCUGAGCUGCUGCUGGAACAGAAGAAGGCCGUUGUGUGUACCUGCUCCAUGAUCGAGGUGCAGACUUCACUCUCCGCCCUCCUCACCAGGAUCCAGCGCUACUGUAACUGCAACGCCCAGAUGCCGCGUCCGGUGAAGGUGGCGGCGGUGGGCGGGCAGAGCUACCUUGCCGCCGUGCUGCGCUUCUUCGUGGAGCAGCUCGCCAACAAGACGUCCGACUGGCUCACCUACCUGCGUUUCCUGGUCGUGCCCCUGGGGCUUCACCCGGUGGCCAAGUACAUGGCAUCUCUGGACAGCAAGUACAGCACGCUCUUCCUUGACUCUGCCUGGAGUGAGCUGUUCAGCAGGACCGAGCCUCCCAGCGCAGAUGCGCUGGAUGUGGUCGGGAGGAUCACACAGUACAUAUCUGGUGCCCAGGUGUCUCACCAGCUGCCCAUAGCCGAGGCCAUGCUGACCUGCAAGCACAAGAGUCAUGAAGAUGAUUCUUAUCAGAAGUUUAUUCCAUUCAUUGGCGUGGUGAAAGUCGGCAUCAUUGAACCCUGCCCGUCUGCUUCAGCCGCCGCCGCUGAGCCAGAGGACACGGUGACGGCUGUGAGCUUUACCCCCUCGACGUCCCCUCCCCACAGCGCCAGCUCCGCGCACGUCAAAGAGGCCGUGUCCACGCCACCCUCCUCGCUGUCCAUGAGCGGAGGCCUUUCCACCACCAGCCCGGGAGGUGGGGAAGCCAUGGGGCUGCAGGUGGACUACUGGCUCUCUCAGUCGGCCGAGCGGCGGAAGGAAGGGGAGAAGCGGGACGCCAACGCCAAGAACACGCUGAAGAGCGCCUUCCGCUCGGUUCAAGUCAGCCGGCUGCCGAACGACGGGGAGCUCACGCCCUCCGUCACCAUGUCCAUGACAGUGGUCACCAAAGAAAAGAACAAGAAAGUGCCGACGUUAUUCUUGAGCAAGAGGCCGAAGGAUAAGGAGUUGGACUCGAAGAGCCAGGUGAUCGAAGGCAUCAGUCGCCUGAUCUGCUCGGCUAAACAGCAGCAACAGAGCAUGCUGAAAGUCUCCAUUGAUGGGCUGGAUUGGAACGAUGUGAAGUUUUUCCAGCUUGCUGCCCAGUGGCCAACUCACGUCAAGCACUUCCCCAUCGGACUCUUCUCCUACAGCAAGUCCGGCUGCUAGCUCAGCGCAGAGGGAUGGACGGCUAGCUCAGCGCAGAGGGAUGGACUCUGCAAACUCCCAGCUGCCGGGAGUGCACAUCCGACUGGAAACUAGAACCGAGAUGCAACGCUGGCUGUUUCUUGAGAGGAACGUCAUAGCUGGCGAGCUGUGUAGAGAGCAGCUUUUAUACUCAUAGUGCGUUUGUGUGUGUCUGUGUCGUCUCCCUAUCUGUCUACGUCUUCUGUUUGUGUCUGCAACGUAUCCUGUCUGUACCGUGUCGUCUGUACCGUACUGUCUGCCUCGUAUACUGUCUGUCUGCCUUGUACCGUCUGUGUCUGCCUCGUAUCCUGUCUGUGUCUGCCUCCUACCCCUGUCUGUGUCUGCCUCGUAUCGUCUGUGUCUUUCCCUGUCUACGUCAUACUGUCUGUGUCAUACCGUUUGUGUCUGGUGCAUCCCCUGUCUGUCUGUCUCCUGUCUGUGU